GAAGAGCAGUUUGCACUUCCGGCUUACGUCGGAGACGCGUACAACGCGGAAGUUGACGCAGCGCGGUUGCCUACGGUCGCUCCCGGAGAGGAUGCCGCUCGUGGUGUUUUGCGGGCUGCCGUACAGCGGCAAGAGCCAGCGUGCUGAAGAGUUGCGCGUGGCGCUGGCUGCCGAGGGCCGCGCAGUGUACGUGGUGGACGACGCAGCUGUCCUGGGCGCAGAGGACCCAAGCGUGUACGGCGAUUCUGCCCGUGAGAAGGCAUUGCGUGGAGCUUUGCGAGCCUCCGUGGAACGGCGCCUGAGUCGCCACGACGUAGUCAUCCUGGACUCGCUUAACUACAUCAAAGGUUUCCGUUACGAGCUCUACUGCCUGGCACGGGCGGCGCGCACCCCGCUCUGCCUGGUCUACUGCGUACGGCCCGGCGGCCCGAGCGCGGGACCUCAGGUGGCGGGCGCGAACGAGAACUCCGGCCGGAACGUCAGUGUGAGUUGGCGGCCACGCGCUGAGGAGGACGGGAGAGCCCAGGCGGCGGGCAGCAGCGUCCUCAGGGAGUUGCAUACUGCGGACUCUGUAGUAAAUGGAAGUUUCCAGGCCGACGUACCCAAGGAACUGGAGCGAGAAGAAUCCGGGGCUGCGGAGUCUCCAGCUCUUGUGACUCCGGAAUCAGACAAAUCUGCAAAGCAUGGGUCCGGUGCCUUUUACUCUCCCGAACUCCUGGAGGCCCUAACGCUGCGCUUUGAGGCUCCCGAUUCUCGGAAUCGCUGGGACCGGCCUUUAUUCACUUUGGUGGGCCUAGAAGAGCCGUUGCCCCUGGCGGGGAUCCGCUCUGCCCUGUUUGAGAACCGGGCCCCACCACCCCAUCAGUCUACGCAGUCCCAGCCCCUCGCCUCCGGCAGUUUUCUGCACCAGUUGGACCAGGUCACGAGUCAAGUAUUGGCCGGAUUGAUGGAAGCGCAGAAGAGCGCUGUCCCCGGGGACUUGCUCACGCUUCCUGGUACCACAGAGCACUUGCGGUUUACCCGGCCCUUGACCAUGGCAGAACUGAGUCGCCUUCGUCGCCAGUUUAUUUCGUACACUAAAAUGCAUCCCAACAAUGAGAACUUGCCGCAACUGGCCAACAUGUUUCUUCAGUAUUUGAGCCAGAGCCUGCACUAACCAGAGGAGGUAGGGGGGGAAGCCGUGGCUUCUGAUCUCCACUCCACUUUAUUUCUCUGGGAAGAAUAGGCUGCAGGUCUCCAGAGCAUAUCGAUGCAGUACUGUACUAGAGCUGUUGUGACUGAUUCAAACUUUCCUGCAUACCCCUGUGCCAGGCCUUGGGUUUACAGCAUAAGUUCAGACUAAAGAGAAUGGAGAACUAUUGUGGUGCAACCUGGCAAAUCCCGCCAGUGGACAGAGCUGAGGUGGACAGGGAUUACCUAGAUUGGAUCCUGCUUGGGCUAUCACAGAGCAUUGACCAUUGGCUUCCCUCAUGUGAGGCGUGGGAGAGCAGACUGGACAGAUGAGAAUUGUUUUAAAACAAUUGUGAACAGAAACUGAAGAUGGCACAGUUCUACAUCUGCACCUGCCCUUUUUUCAUACCACAAAAGUAUUUUUUGAGUACUGUACUGACUUUUUGCUAGUCUCUGUUCUGGGACUGAGUUCACAGAUAAAUCCAUUGGUUUGUAUCCUUGGGAAACUUUGUUUUUGUGGAAGUAAGAAAGUUAUCUACUAGAUUAUUUCCUCUAAUAAAAUCUUUUAAAAUAGUCUA